UGCGCAUGCGCACUGACGCUCUUCCGCAUUUGCUCAUCGCUUCCUCCUCUGAGAGUGGAGUUCAGUUUUAACUUGUUUUUAAAGCAAAACUCUUUUAUCAUUAUUUUAUUGAUCUUUUAUUGAUAAUUUAUUUAUCAGUGAUCACGCGCUGUUCGGGUAACGGAUCCGCAGAAGUUCGGAAAUGUCCAAACCGCCUCCAAAACCAGCGAAACCAGGUCAGGUGAAAGUGUUUAGGGCUUUGUUUACCUUUGACCCGCGGACGCCAGAUGAGCUUUACUUUGAGGAAGGAGAUAUUUUGUACAUCUCAGACACAAGUGACAGUAACUGGUGGAAGGGAACAUGCAGAGGACGAACUGGCCUUAUUCCCAGUAAUUAUGUGGCUGAACAGGCCGAGUCUAUUGAUAACCCGAUGCAUGAAGCUGCAAAGAGAGGUAAUCUGAGCUGGCUGAGGGAGUGUUUGGAUAAUAAGGUGGGCAUUAAUGGUCUGGAUAAAGCGGGGAAUACUGCACUGUACUGGAGCUGCCAUGGAGGACACAGAGAUGUGGUGGAGCUGUUGCUUGGUCAGCCGAACUGUGAGAUCAAUCAGCAGAAUAAACUGGGAGACACUGCUCUACACGCUGCUGCCUGGAAAGGAUAUUCAGACAUUGUGGAGAUGCUUCUCAACCGCAAUGCGAGGACCGAUAUCCUGAAUAAUGAGAAGAAGACGGCGUUGGAGAUGGCCACUAACGCUCAGUGUGCCUCUCUGUUGAAGAGGAAGCACGGAAACGUGGUAACGCGUACUCACAGUAACGCUGAGGAGUAUCUGGAUGACGAUGACUCGGACUAAAAUUUGAAGAGGAGACUUCUACAGCAAAUCAACCCUCCCCCGCAACACACACACACACACACACACACUUUCGCUCUCACACACAUAAACACAAACACUCUCACACACUCAGGAAACACUGUAUAGGUGUGUGUUAUUGGUGGAUGUCUGAUUGCUUUAAUUUAACCCGUUUACCGCUCUGCCCGCGUAAGCGUUGCGCCCCCUGCUGGGAGCUCAGUAACAUUAAUGUAAAUCCAGCAACAUUGCUCCGCCUCCACAGUUCCUUUGGACCGAUUCCCCCUACCUAACCAAUCCGGUUCAUCAGCGGCCGCGGCCGGAGUGCCCCCUGGUGGCAGGGUUUAUAAUGAGGAUUUUGUGCUGUUUGGAUUGAUGGUUUGUAAUAUGCAAAUAAAGGUUUUGAUGCUCCAA